GCGGGGCGCGGCGCGAGGCGGGCAGUGCGGGUGGGUCCCAUUUCCCGGCCGCGGGCUCUGUCUACGACUGGGCCGGGGGGCGGAGGAUGGAAGUGGCUUUAUCCGUCACUACGUUCUAUCUCGUCAGCAGCCCUGUGGCGGCAACAACGAUGGACCCGGAGCCUGUGAGCCGUGCGGAAGGCGGAGAAGCAGUAGCAGCCUCAGGAGCUGCGGCCGCCGCGGCGUUCAGGGAGUCGGAGCGGCAGAUGAGUAACGAAAGAGGCUUUGAAAAUGUAGAACUGGGAGUCAUUGGAAAAAAGAAGAAAGCCCCAAGGAGAGUCAUCCACUUUGUUAGUGGUGAAACAAUGGAAGAAUACAGCACAGACGAAGAUGAAGUUGAUGGCCUGGAGAAGAAAGAUGUUUUGCCUACUGUUGAUCCUACAAAACUUACCUGGGGCCCCUACUUAUGGUUUUACGUGCUUCGUGCUGCCACAUCAACCCUCUCAGUGUGUGACUUUCUUGGAGAGAAGAUUGCAUCUGUUUUGGGCAUUAGCACCCCAAAAUACCAGUAUGCCAUUGAUGAGUAUUACCGGAUGAAGAAAGAGGAAGAAGAAGAUGACGACGAAAACAGGAUGUCUGAAGAAGCAGAAAGACAAUACCAACAGAAUAAGCUACAGGCUGAUUCCAUUGUUCAGACAGAUCAGCCAGAAACAGUGGUAUCCACUUCAUUUGUGAAUCUCAAUUUUGAAAUGGAGGGAGAUUGUGAAGUAAUAACAGAAAGCAAACAAAAUCCAGUCUCUGUCCCACCAUAGAAUGAAAUGACUAUCAAACUUCAAACUCUAAGGUGGUUUUUAUACCAGGAACUUUCACAUUCUCUAUUCAGUGGGACUUAAUACAGUUAUUUAUAUUUUAAAUUAUCUGGAAAGGGAAAGAUGUUUCUUUAUUCUUAGAUCUAUUUAGCAAAAGUCAGAUCUGAAAUUAGGAAUAUUUGUACCAUGCUUUUAUUGUGUAUCAUAUUAGUGCUUUGGUUUUAAAAUCUUUUUAAAAAGUUGACAUUUUAGAGCCCUGCCGAUUAAGAAGAGUUAAAUUAUCACAGCUGUCUGUGUUUGUAAGGAAAAAAAAAUAGGUAAGUUGCUGAUUAAGGCUGAUUGAAACUGAUAAUCCUAUUCUGAUUAAAAUGUGUUUUUCCCCUAGGUUUUCUCAUGAUAUGUCUUACAUUUAUAUACUAACCAUUAAUUUCAUAAUUAAGGAUGGUUCACUGAGUGUAAUAAAAAGAACAAGAUAAAAGCACUUUGAAUUUUCUUUCCUUGAGAAUCACUAUUUUAUGGAAAGGUGAUUGAGUUUAUAACACCAAAUAUUAAGAUGUUUCUAUUUUUUAAAGUAGGUUACUUAAUCUUGUAUUUUCAGUAGUUAUUCAAAUUCACUGCUUUGAACAUGUUAAAAACACUAUUGAAUGAAUUUAUUAAUAUAUUUGUAUUCAAGUGGUAAUAACACCUAGUGAUUUUCCACAUGGUAUCCUAGUUGUGUCACUCAUUCAGCUCUCAGUGCCUCCUAUGGGUCAGAUAGUUGUGGGGAGGAGAGUAGAACUGGGGACAGAUGAAGACUUAACCCUUUAGGGGCUCACUGUUAAAUAUUGUACAAGGUGCGGUGGUAGCAUAAUUAAGGUACUUGUCAUUCACCACUUCAAAAUAACAACAGUAAAGUUUCCUUGACCCGGGUUGGCCAUCUCUCUACCCACUGUGCUAUUAGCCAACCUUCCAACAGUAUGGGAUAAACUAAUUUUGAAAAUAUUCUUAAAUAUGUUCAGAAUCUUAUGAGGUAUCUGUAUGACUUCACUUUAUACCUAACGUGGGUAAGAAUGUGCGGCAUAUUUCAGAUGCUGCUGCUCUUAAAAGCCUGUUCACAAACUUAGAGCUUUGAAAGAUUGUUUAUAGCCUUCUAAACAGCAUGAAGCUUAAAUGUAUCUAUAUUAAAUACAAAGAAACUCACAACAGGUACAGUUGGCCUAUUAUGGACCACUGUUAUUAAUGAACGUGAACAUCUGGCCACUAAGUUCAGUGGCCACUGGAGCUACUAGAUCUAAAAGAGAAAACUAGAAACUUUUCUGAUUGUAGUAUAAAGAAGAUAAUGACUUAUUAAGGUAUUAUAUUUCUUGAAUUUUACUUUCUCUACUUGUCAAACAGUGGCGAGUUUGUAAUGUUUAUUAUAGUGAUUCACUGUGCCUUAAAUUUUUAUAUUUUUAUUUAUGCAAACUAAAAUUUCCCAUAAAUGCAUUAAAUUGUUUUGUCUUAUUUUUAA